GAGCUUUGGGAGUAGAGGGGUCUCUGGCGGCGGCUUGGGGAGGAGCUAGGUUUGGGCUUGGAGUUGGGCCCUGAAUGGCGCUUCGCUGUGAAUCUCCCCGGGGAGGCUCUUCCAACCAGGGGCUGAGCUUCUGCGCUGUGGAGAAGCCAGGCUCUUGAUGUCUUAUUGGGGGCCAUAUCUAGAGUGAUGCCCUAGUCCGCGUGGCUGAAGAUGGCUUGCCACCCUACCUGCUGAUUGCAUUCCGACUGCCGCUUCGAAGAGUGCAGGCCAUGGAUGCCACCCUCGAUCUGGGCCGACAUGGUACGCUUCUCACACUUGAGCUCUCCUGAGUACAUCGUGGACCAAAGGACAGACAGGCUGCGGGCCCUGAUAUCCUGGCAGCCAUGCUGGAUACCCGCUAUGAGGUAGGGCACGAACUUCUGAAUGGACCCUUUGUCCUGGAUGGAGCCCGAGACACCCUGUGUGAUCUUCACCUGAUCCCCAUCGCUGAAGUAUCGUUUCUGGCUGCUGCUGCUCUUCUUCGUGGCAUCCAGCGAGCCUGUGCCCUGGUAUUUCUUGAGCCGCACCCCAUCUGAGAACUAUUCGCUGGGGGCCUCCGAGGUGGCAGCCAGCAGGGAGCCCAUCAUCACUAUGGAGGCACCAAGGGCCAGCACCUUGACGUGCCCCACAGUCAGGACGCCACCUUCAGCCAUGAUGGGCACACCAAAGUGCCGGGCAUACUCAGCCACCUUGUACACACAGUGCCCUGGGGCCAACCACAGGCCAUCACUUCCUGGGUGAUGCAGAGGGAGCCACAGCCUAUGCCCACACACAGCCCGUCCACACCAGCGUCAGUCAGGUUCUUGGCCUGGGCUGCUGUCACCACGUUCCCCCCAAUCACCUGGAGGUGGGAGUACUUCUGUUUGAUGUAAUACACCAUGGCAGUUGAUACACCAAGUUCCCUUGGGACAAGUCCAAGACUAUGACGUCGACGCCCGCCUGGGUGAGCAGGUCCAGGCGGUAUUUGUCAUCCUCACGGGUGCCCACAGCUGCCCCACACAGCAGCUGCUCAUGGGAAUCCUUGGAGGCCACAGGGUAGUCUCGGUUCUUCAGGUCAGUGAGGGCAAUGAUGGCCACCAGCUCAUCAUCGUCAUUGACGAUAGGCAGCUUCCCUUUCUUGCUGUGCUGCAGGAUCUCACUUGCCUCUUUCAACAUCACUCCUGCUGGAGCCACCACCAGCUCGAUCCUUGGCAUCAUCACCUCACUGAGGAGGGUGGUGUGAUCCUUCUCAGCAAGAAAGUCAAUCUCUCGGGAGGUGAUGAUGCCCACCAGCUUGCUGCCCAUGGUGCCCAUCUCAGUGAUGGGGAUACCAGAGAAGCCAUGCCUCAUCUUGGCCUCCAGCACAUCACCCACAGGGUGCGAGGGGCUCAGCACCACGGGGUCCGUGAUGAAGCCACGUUCAAACUUCUUGACCUUCCGCACCUCAUUGGCCUGUAACUCUGGGGUGCAGUUGUGGUGAAUGAAACCAAUACCUCCCAUCAGAGCCACCACGAUGGCCAUGUCACCCUCUGUCACAGUGUCCAAGGAGGAGGAGAUCGGCGGCGUCUUCAGCGUGAUCUUCCAGUCAAGGACUGGGCAUUUUGCAUUUGAAUCCUGGAUGGCGGGAAGCAGCAAGCAGGUGUCAACAGGGGUGGGGAGGAGACGCCGACCCCACCAGCCAAUCAGAGCGCGCGGAGGCCUCCCUUCCCCCUUCGCCGUCCCCGCGCCAAAAUUCCAAACGGACUACGCACCGCUCUCACCGUCUCCUUCCGCCGAGCUCAGCGAGCCGGAACUAUGUGAAGAAAAAGAAGUCAGCGUUUUCCCCAGGACUCUCCGCUCAGGUCCUCUAUACUGUCGGCCUGUGUUCCUCUCCACAUUGGCCCGGCCUCCUUCGCUCUACAAAUGGGAGAAGAGUUUCGAGCCUAAUGUUCUAUGGUGGUGGCGUGGGCGGGACAGACAGCGGAGGGAUUCUGGGCGCGCGCGCUGCGGCCGCUGGCGCGGAGCUUGUGGCGCCAGAAUUCGGAGCGCGGAAGAGCCCGAGCUGCGGGCGCCUGGCGCUGGAGCCCUCUCCGGUCGCGCACGCCGAGGACAUUAGGGAGAGAAGAUGGUGGUUCUCCGCAGCAGCUUGGAGCUGCACAACCACUCCGCCGCCUCGGCCACGGACUCCUUGGACCUGUCCAAUGACUUCCUCAGUCUGGAGCAGAUCGGCCGGAGGCGGCUCCGCUCGGCCGGCGCGGCGCAGAAGAAACCCGCGGCGACCACAGCCAAAGCGGGCGAUGGGUCAUCAGUUAAGGAAGUUGAAACCUACCACCAGACACGUGCUUUAAGAUCUUUGAGAAAAGAUGCACAGAAUUCUUCAGAUUCUAGUUUUGAGAAGAAUGUGGAAAUAACGGAGCAACUUGCUAAUGGCAGGCAUUUUACAAGGCAGUUGGCCAGACAGCAGGCUGAUAAAAAAAAAGAAGAGCGCAGAGAAGACAAAGUGAUUCCAGUUACUCGGUCACUGAGGGCUAGAAACAUCGUUCAAAGUACAGAACACUUACAUGAAGAUAAUGGUGAUGUUGAAGUGCGUCGAAGUUGUAGGAUUAGAAGUCGUUAUAGUGGUGUAAACCAGUCCAUGCUGUUUGACAAACUUAUAACUAACACUGCUGAAGCUGUACUUCAAAAAAUGGAUGACAUGAAGAAGAUGCGUAGACAGCGAAUGAGAGAACUUGAAGACUUGGGAGUGUUUAAUGAAACAGAAGAAAGCAAUCUUAAUAUGUACACAAGAGGAAAACAGAAAGAUAUUCAAAGAACUGAUGAAGAAACAACUGAUAAUCAAGAAGGCAGUGUGGAGUCAUCUGAAGAGGGUGAAGACCAAGAACAUGAAGAUGAUGGUGAAGAUGAAGAUGAUGAAGAUGAAGAUGAUGAUGAUGAUGAUGAUGAUGAUGAUGAUGAUGAUGAUGAUGAUGAAGAUGAUGAAGAUGAAGAAGAUGGAGAAGAAGAUAAUCAGAAGCGAUAUUAUCUUAGACAGAGAAAAGCUACUGUUUACUAUCAGGCUCCAUUGGAAAAACCUCGUCACCAGAGAAAGCCCAACAUAUUUUAUAGUGGCCCAGCUUCUCCUGCAAGACCAAGAUACCGAUUAUCUUCCGCAGGACCAAGAAGUCCUUACUGUAAACGAAUGAACAGGCGAAGGCAUGCAAUCCACAGUAGUGACUCGACUUCAUCUUCCUCCUCUGAAGAUGAACAGCACUUUGAGAGACGGAGGAAAAGGAGUCGUAAUAGGGCUAUCAAUAGGUGCCUCCCACUAAAUUUUCGGAAAGAUGAAUUAAAAGGCAUUUAUAAAGAUCGAAUGAAAAUUGGAGCAAGCCUUGCCGAUGUUGAUCCAAUGCAACUAGAUUCUUCAGUACGAUUUGAUAGUGUUGGUGGCCUGUCUAAUCAUAUAGCAGCUCUAAAAGAGAUGGUGGUGUUUCCAUUACUUUAUCCAGAAGUCUUUGAAAAAUUUAAAAUUCAACCCCCAAGAGGUUGUUUGUUUUAUGGGCCACCUGGAACUGGAAAGACUCUGGUUGCCAGAGCACUUGCCAAUGAGUGCAGUCAAGGGGAUAAAAGAGUAGCAUUUUUCAUGAGGAAGGGUGCUGAUUGUCUAAGUAAAUGGGUAGGAGAAUCUGAAAGACAGCUACGAUUGCUGUUUGAUCAGGCCUAUCAGAUGCGCCCAUCAAUUAUUUUUUUUGAUGAAAUUGAUGGUCUGGCUCCAGUACGGUCAAGCAGGCAAGAUCAGAUUCACAGUUCUAUUGUUUCCACCCUGCUAGCUCUUAUGGAUGGAUUGGACAGCAGAGGGGAAAUUGUGGUCAUUGGUGCUACCAACAGACUAGAUGCUAUAGACCCUGCUUUACGAAGGCCUGGUCGCUUUGACAGAGAAUUCCUCUUUAGCCUGCCUGAUAAAGAGGCUCGAAAAGAGAUUCUAAAGAUUCACACCAGGGAUUGGAAUCCCAAACCACUGGACACAUUUUUAGAAGAGCUAGCAGAAAACUGUGUUGGAUACUGUGGAGCAGAUAUUAAAUCAAUAUGUGCUGAAGCUGCUUUAUGUGCUUUACGACGACGCUACCCACAGAUCUAUACCACUAGUGAGAAACUACAGUUGGAUCUCUCUUCAAUUAAUAUCUCAGCUAAGGAUUUCGAGGUAGCUAUGCAAAAGAUGAUACCAGCCUCCCAAAGAGCUGUGACAUCACCUGGGCAGGCAUUGUCCACCGUUGUGAAACCACUCCUGCAAAACACUGUUGACAAGAUCUUAGAAGCCCUGCAGAGAGUAUUUCCACAUGCAGAAUUCAGAACAAAUAAAACAUUAGACUCAGAUAUUUCUUGUCCUCUGCUAGAAAGUGACUUGGCUUACAGUGAUGAUGAUGUUCCAUCAGUUUAUGAAAAUGGACUUUCUCAGAAAUCUUCUCAUAAGGCAAAAGACAAUUUUAAUUUUCUUCAUUUGAAUAGAAAUGCUUGUUACCAACCUAUGUCUUUUCGACCAAGAAUAUUGAUAGUAGGAGAACCAGGAUUUGGUCAAGGUUCUCACUUGGCACCAGCUGUCAUUCAUGCUUUGGAAAAGUUUACUGUAUAUACAUUAGACAUUCCUGUUCUUUUUGGAGUUAGUGCUACAUCCCCUGAAGAAACAUGUGCCCAGGUGAUUCGUGAAGCUAAGAGAACAGCACCAAGUAUAGUGUAUGUUCCUCAUAUCCACGUGUGGUGGGAAAUAGUUGGACCAACACUUAAAGCCACAUUUACCACAUUAUUACAGAAUAUUCCUUCAUUUGCUCCAGUUUUACUACUUGCAACUUCUGACAAACCCCAUUCUGCUUUGCCAGAAGAGGUGCAAGAAUUGUUUAUCCGUGAUUAUGGAGAGAUUUUUAAUGUCCAGUUACCGGGUAAAGAAGAACGGACAAAAUUUUUUGAAGAUUUAAUUCUAAAACAAGCUGCUAAGCCUCCUAUAUCAAAAAAGAAAGCAGUUUUGCAGGCUUUGGAGGUACUCCCAGUAGCACCACCACCUGAGCCAAGAUCGCUGACAGCAGAAGAAGUGAAACGACUAGAAGAACAAGAAGAAGAUACAUUUAGAGAACUGAGGAUUUUCUUAAGAAAUGUUACACAUAGGCUUGCUAUUGACAAGCGAUUCCGAGUGUUUACUAAGCCUGUUGACCCUGAUGAGGUUCCUGAUUAUGUCACUGUAAUAAAGCAACCAAUGGACCUUUCAUCUGUAAUAAGUAAAAUUGAUCUACACAAGUAUCUGACUGUGAAAGACUAUUUGAGAGAUAUUGAUCUAAUCUGUAGUAAUGCCUUAGAAUACAAUCCAGAUAGAGAUCCUGGAGAUCGUCUUAUUAGACAUAGAGCCUGUGCUUUAAGAGAUACUGCCUAUGCCAUAAUUAAAGAAGAACUUGAUGAAGACUUUGAGCAGCUCUGUGAAGAAAUUCAGGAAUCUAGAAAGAAAAGAGGUUGUAGCUCCUCCAAAUAUGCCCCGUCUUACUACCAUGUGAUGCCAAAGCAAAAUUCCACUCUUGUUGGUGAUAAAAGAUCAGACCCAGAGCAGAAUGAAAAGCUAAAGACACCGAGUACUCCCGUGGCUUGCAGCACUCCUGCUCAGUUGAAGAGGAAAAUUCGCAAAAAGUCAAACUGGUACUUAGGCACCAUAAAAAAGCGAAGGAAGAUUUCACAGGCAAAGGAUGAUAGCCAGAAUGCCAUGGAUCACAAAAUUGAGAGUGAUACAGAGGAAACCCAAGACACAAGUGUAGAUCAUAAUGAGACCGGAAACACAGGAGAGUCUUCAGUGGAAGAAAAUGAAAAACAGCAAAAUGCCUCUGAAAGCAAACUGGAAUUGAGAAAUAAUUCAAAUACUUGUAAUAUCGAGAAUGAGCUUGAAGACUCUAGGAAGACUACAGCAUGUACAGAAUUGAGAGACAAGAUUGCUUGCAAUGGAGAUGCUUCUAGCUCUCAGAUAAUACAUAUUUCUGAUGAAAAUGAAGGAAAAGAAAUGUGUGUUCUGCGAAUGACUCGAGCUAGACGUUCCCAGGUAGAACAGCAGCAGCUCAUCAGUGUUGAAAAGGCUUUGGCAAUUCUUUCUCAGCCUACACCCUCACUUGUUGUGGAUCAUGAGCGAUUAAAAAAUCUUUUGAAGACUGUUGUUAAAAAAAGUCGAAACUACAACAUAUUUCAGUUGGAAAAUUUGUAUGCAGUAAUCAGCCAAUGUAUUUAUCAGCAUCGCAAGGACUAUGAUAAAACAUCACUUAUUCAGAAAAUGGAGCAAGAGGUAGAAAACUUCAGUUGUUCCAGAUGAUGAUGUCAUGGUAUCGAGUAUUCUUUAUAUUCAGUUCCUAUUUAAGUCAUUUUUGUCAUGUCUGCCUAAUUGAUGUAGUAUGAAACCCUGCAUCUUUAAGGAAAAGAUUAAAAUAGUAAAAUAAAAGUAUUUAAACUUUCCUGAUAUUUAUGUACAUAUUAAGAUAAAUGUCAUGUGUAAGAUAACUGAUAAAUAUUGGAACUUUGCUAGAACAAGACCCUGUAGUAAUAGUAAUAAUAGUUGAAGUUUGGAACUCUUAAUAAAGUUAUUUUGGUAACUAAUGUUUUACAGCACUUAAGAAUAAUUAGCAGCGUUAAAUUUUGUUUGUAUUAAGCACUUUUAAUUUUAUCCUUCCUAAAAAUAGUUUAUUGUAUCAGACAAGAAACUUACUUAACCAUUGUGUCCUUCCCAUCUUUUUUGUCAUCUUUGUUUUCUCUAAAUGCCCUCCUCCCAAUCUGCCUUGAGAUUCCCUUGUCUUCACUUAAAAGCCAGAGUGCAAGUCAUGAUUUGCGGGAGGGCUCUUGAACAACUUCUGGCUGCACCACAAUUCUGUACUUGAGUAUCACAGUUAUUGUUUUUGAGACGAACAUUUUUAUAAUUCUAAUUUGGGUUAAUAAAGAUUUUAAAUAUU